CAGAGAGCUGAUGUUUACUGAAGGGCACGGCAGAAAACCUUCUUCUUUACCGGUGGAACAAAUAUCAGUGUGCUGAAGCAAUGAAGAUGCUUUGAUUCUUCCAUCUGGACAUACUUCCAGCAACUUUUCAUCUCCAGAGACAAACAAACUCGGGUGUUUUCAGUCAUGGGCAGCUUCAAGGGCCACGCUCUCCCUGGGAGUUUCUUCCUCGUAGCUGGGAUCUGGUGGACAGGAAAGUACUCGCUCUGGCACGCCACCCGCAGGAACAAGAACAUCGGUUCCACUCGUCUGUCCAGCAGAGCGUCGCAGCGACGCCUGGAGAUCAUUGAGAGCUCUAUCAUACUCUUCUUCUCCUUUGUUGGGAUGCUGGCAGAGCAGUUUGCAGCAGACGGACCAAAGCUUCAGUUGUAUGACUUUGCAGAGAAGCACUGGGAGGAUCUGAUGAACUGGCAGCACACCACCAUGUAUCUGUUCUUUGGCCUGGCUGGUGCCGUUUCUCUGAUCAUCCACACCACAGAGGCAGCGCCGCCGGCACUGGACAGGCUGAUGCUGGCUAUUGCUUUCUUUAAUGAAGGAUUUCUUUUCCUCUACCACCUCCAUGGCAGGAGCAUGCUGGACGUCCAUGUGCACCAGCUCCUCCUCUAUGCUGUCUUUGGCGAGGCUCUCGUGGCGUUCCUGGAGGUGUUCCACCGAGGCAACAUCAUCCUGGAGCUGCUGCGCUGCACUCUCACCGUGCUACAGGGGAGCUGGUUCUGGGAGAUUGGAUUCGUGCUGUAUCCUCCACACGGUCCUGAGUGGGACCUGAAAGAUCACAACAACAUGAUGUUCAUCACCAUGUGUUAUUCCUGGCACCUUGCCUUCGCCAUGCUCGUCGUGAGCGUGCUCUACUGCACCGUCAGCUGUGUGGUUCGCUCCAGGUUGAAGAGGACUCCUCCAAUGGAGAUGGGACUUCUGAAGACCAGAGAGCGAGAUCCAGAGUCAGAGGAUGAGAUUUUAUGAAGAGGAUCAUCUUUGUAUGCGUGCAUAGUUACUUAUGGAUAUGAGGGAUGAUCAAAAAGUUUUAGAGACUGUGUUUUUUUUUUUUUAAAAAACACCUGAUUUGAUUUUGACCACCAUCUGGGUUGAAGUAGUUACAUUCAAAGACUCCUGUUAUGUAGCUAAACACCUUCUGCAUGAUCUCCUAAACCGUGUCAAAAUUCAGCUUGAAUUUCAUUUUGGGGAAGAGGAAGGAAUCACAGGGAGCCAAAUCUGGUGAGUACAGUGGGUGAAAAAUGAUGAUGUGUUGUUGAAGCCAAAAAACCCAUGCGUGUAAUCACUGUGCUGGUAUUACUCGCCAUCGCACCACAGUUCAGGCUGUUUGCACCAAAUGUUCUCCGUCAGACCCCUCAGGACGCUUCAGUACAACUCUGCCUUGACAAUCAGAUGCCCAGUGUAUGGUGCACAACCAUAUGAAUAUUGAAGAAAACAACAAGCAUGCUGACCUGAUGCACCAUCUCUGGUCUUGGUGACUGCAUCUCUUCCACUUUAAAAACUGCUGUUUCUUCUGUGGUUGGUAGCCGCGGACCCACCUCUCUUAAACACUGAUGAUCCUUAAAGUGAAGUUUGGAUCAUUCAGCAGCCUACUGACACAAAAUGUGAUGUUUGAGGUCCACAGUGAAAUCUCAAAUAUACCACAGACAGUAUCUGAACUCUUUGAUCAGCCCUUACGUCACAGUUAAAUCAGGGAUGUGAUGUCCGCAGCACCAGCAGCAGCACGACCAGAAGCAAAGGCACACAGACAGUAAAGGGAUAUGGACAUAUGGUUUCUGGAUGCUUUAACAUAGAAACAUAUCUCUACCUCUGCCUUAUUUAAUCACCUGUAAAACCCCUUUUAACCUGCUAUUUAUUUUAAAGCAACUUUUCAUGUACUCUGUCAUAUUUUUGGUAAUAAUUUGCACAUUCAGUGUAACAGAACAGGAUUUUUCUACGGAUUGCAUGCUUUCCAUUUGACUUGCCAAACUUCUUUUGAGAUUUUGGUGUUCAGUAGUGCCAUCUUGUGGUAAAAAACAAAACAAAACAAUCAUCAACGUAAAUGACUUGAAAGUAUGUAUUUACAUAUUUCAUAUGGCUUUUUUUUGUUUUGUAUGUUCAGAGGUUGAGUCACAUGUGUGAGUCAAACCCAAAUGCCAAAUAAUCAGAAUUUUAUUAAAAUUGUUUAAAUGUUCAACGUUUUCUAUUUGAUAUUCUUAUCAAAUUUACUACAGUUGC